CCAUCAAACCCCGUAUAUACUUAAUUUUCUGUCUUUCAUCAUUAUAUUCACAAUACAUGUGAGAUCAGUUAAUCUUGAUGAAAUUCAACCUAAAUCUAUUAGGUUCUGCUAUAAAGGAUAUAAUUAGCGAAGAGAGAAAAAUAUUGUUAAUUCUAAACCACAUGAAGGGUAACAUAGAGCCUUCCAGGUAAGCCAAUGUCUUUUGUCUUCACCUCCCCAGAAGAAGUUGGCCAUGGUUUUAUGAAGGAUGAGAGUAACACUUCGGGGCAGAACAUCACUUACAAGGGUAUGAGUAGGUAUGGAGGAGAGAACAUGCUUAAUCAGAAUAAGUCUUCCGGCUUGGGAAAGGUUCUUUUUAAACCAAAGGCUCAAUUUUGCUUGGAAGUGGUGAAUGAUUUUCUUGCAAUAACUCAGUCUAUUGAUGCCUUGGUGCAGGUUAACCCCAAGAUACAUAAUAGGAAGGGAUCCUUUCUGCAUAGCGAGCAGGGAUUCGGUGGCAAGGAUUCUGCCAGGAGAGGAGGAGCCCAGGAUGAAAGUGCUCUUGGAGAAGUUAAUGGCUUGUCCUGAGGCAGCUUGGUAGGACGUUAGAAAGGAUUUGAAGGAUAAAAGAGACCUAGCACUCCCAUUAAUGAAGAUUAGGAGGUCGUCUGCAAAGGCAAGGUGGGUAAGAAUAGGUGCCCCCCUAACGGUCCAGUAUGGUUUGAUAGAGCCGUGUUCAACCAGGUGCUUCAGGCCUCUCGAAAAUGCUUCUGAGGCUAUGAUGUAAAGGAAGGGGGAGAGGGGGUCGCCCUGCUUAACUCCUCUAUGGGGUUGAAAGAAACCAAAAGGGCUCCCAUUGAUAAGGAUUGAAAUGAAGGUGGCCUUAAGGUUACGGAGAAUGAUAUUGGUGACUGUGGAGGAGAAACCAAACUUAAGCAUGACGACUUGCAAAAAUUCCUAGGAAAGCAAGUCAAAUGCUUUGGUCAUGUCUAGUUUAAUCAAAAUGAUGGAGCCUCGGACCUUCUUUUUUAAUGAGUGAACCAAUUCUUGUGCUAGCAGAAUGUGAUCAGUGAUAUCUUUGUUUCUCAUAAAUCCCCCUGUUCUUGGGAGAUGAUUUUUGGAAGAAGAAGAGAGAGCCUGUCAGAUUGAAUUUUUGUACACACUUUACUAAAGAAGGUGGAGAGACUGAUCGGUCUGAAGUCAGUCUGAAGAGAGA